AGAGAGAGAGAGAGAGACGAUUACGGCGACGACGAUACCGCAUUUUCCGAUGGAUCAACUUUUCUCGGCGAAACCUAAAGGCUUCCGUAUCCACCGAAAGUCGCGCCUCGCUUCCAAGCUCAAAGCCUCCAUCUCCGCCAAGCUCUCUGAAUUUCUCGGCGAUUACUCCGACGACGUCUUCCUGGAGUAUGUUACAGUGCUGGUUUGUAAUGGAAAGGAUCAAUAUCAGGCAAGAGAGGACUUAGAGGCGUUUCUUGGUGAGCGGAGUGAAGAAUUUGUAUCAUGGUUGUGGAACUAUCUAGAUGAAGUUCCUGGAAUUAGCCACCAAGAGAGUGAUAGAAACAAUGGUGCAGAAGUGGACAGGUGUACAGACUUCCGGAGCCAUGUUAACAAACUUUUGCAGAGGAAAGGUGAUAAAGUGCAACAUUCUGCUUCUGAUUCUGCUGCCUGUAAUGAUAUGAAGCUUGCUAAAGGUACAAGGAUAGUAUUGUCAGAAGGACGUGGAAAUGAAAUUCCGAGAAGAUGUAUGGCAACUGGAGAUAUUGAUGGUGAGGGAGAUCGAAGAACUGAGUCUAAAUGUGAAAUUGCUCAGAUGGUCAAGCACAAAUGUAGUGGAUUACCUAGAGAGCGCUUACAUUUACCAGAAAGAGAGGCCUUGUCUGGGAAUACUGAAUUUUAUAUGUCAGGAAGCCGAUUUUCUACACAGAUUUGUGCCGGUAACAAGUCAGGAGUUAGUCUGUCACAAAGAUCUAUAGGUGCAGGAUCCAUACUUCCUAAAAUUUAUAGGGGUAGUGUUUGGGAUAGAUUAGGCAAGCCAUGUGAGGACAUGUCUGAAGGACUCAAGAGUGGUGAUUUGGGUGCUGGGCAGAAUGAGCAAUAUGAGAAAAUUUAUAAUCAUUUCUCGUUAAUACCUCCAAAGAGGAAUCCUGCUAUUAAUAAGAAGAGAUCCUACAGCUAUCAUGGUGAAAUGAAGAAACUGGAACAUAUAAAUACCACAGUGAGUGAACCUCAUUUUGCAAGUAAUAUUGGACGAAAGAGGCUGUUUGGUCAAAUCAGUACGAGCCUUGAUACUGGUUCAGCUUUGGUAGAUCAGAAUAGCAGGGAUCGUAGAUGCAAAGACACCUCACAGAAGUUUAAGAAAUCAAAUGUGGGCACAAAUGAUAUGAAGACUAUACAAAAUCAGGAACUGCUUGAUGUGAAAGAGAAGUUGAAUCAAAUUGAGAUCGAAAUGUCUAAGCUUCGGUCAAAGAAGGUAGAGUUUGAAAAUGAUGGGAAAACGAACCACUUGCUGAAUUCUGGUGCACAGAAAGAUUCAGAAGAAACUGUUGAGUCAAGAACUGUGUUGGUGACAAAUCAGGUACAUUUUGCAGCAACUAGAGAAGCUUUGUCACUAUACUUUUCCAAGUGUGGAGUGGUUGUUAACGUGAUGAUCCUGACAGACACAUUGACAUCUAAGCCAAAAGGGUCUGCUUAUGUUACUUUUGCUAGCAAGGAGUCUGCUGACAAAGCAGUGGCAUUGAGUGGGGCCACAUUCUUAUGUAGGAAUUUGAAGAUUCUAAGGAUGGGAGGAGCAGUUGCGGAGGCAUCAGCACCAACCCAGCUUGUCGGGUCAACUUCCCUCAAUACCCCCAGCAAACCACGUUAUAUGAGGUCUACUCUGCGGUGGAGAAGAGAACCUGGUACGGUCGCAUCCGAACAUUCACGCCCAGCUAGUGUAGGAGUUUCCUUCUCUGCCCACGAUAGUUCAGAGAAAGACAGGAAGACUUUCAUCACCCGAGCCCCAUGAAGUAUCCAUAAUAUUCAGAGAUCGCAUAGGACUGAUUAACGUAGAUCUUAACUAAAUAGAACGUACAAAAUGUAGCAAGUUGGAAGGAUAUCAGGUUGUUCUAGACCUGCUGCAAAGUGCAAACCACUUGAAGGCUGUUUGCUGCUUUUGUUUGCUUGGGUGGAAUCUCUGUGCAGAUCUUAUCAUGCCUUCUCAUGUACAAGCUCAAUAUACUUGUGUCGGUAUAAAAUAUCGUACCUGCAGCAAAAUGGACAAAUGCCCCCAACAAAGUCCCCUCAUCCUUUCCUGAUUCAACAAAGUUAUCGCAUUCUACCUUCAAUUUCGACCUUCAAAACAUUAUGUUCCCAUCCAAAAUAGAACAAAGCCUUUCCUUCCCCAAAGUAUUCUCCCCAAUACAUUAACAACCUUCCCAACCCCUUGGUCCGGCCAAGACCAUCUUUGGCAUCAUCUUAGAAGCACCAAUUUCCCAGUUAACUACCUCAUAAAUCAUUGUCUUGCAUCGAUCAAUUCCCUAUCUUCGCCUACUUUCUUUUCAAGUUUUCUAAACCCAACGGGAUGUUCCGCCUGCUAAGUUAUGCCAUCCACCAUGUCUGAGUAACGGAAUAGACAUCACCAUUCUU